GGAGAUGUUGGCGGCCGAUGCGAGUUUCAUUUUGGGCGCACAGCUGCUAAAGAAGGGCGAGGAGGUGACGGACGUAACGCAGCCGACAACAGUUGUGCACGGCAGAGAUGUCUACAUGCUGCUGGGAAACUACAGCCGUGCAGAGCCUGCAAAUCAAGUAGCCGGAAAAGCCGGCUGGAAUCUUUUGCUGGUGAAGGGAAGUGUCAGUGGAAACGGCGACGAUAAGAAAAUCCAGUGGAGUGAGACCCGUGCGGUGGGUGCCGCAUCUAUAGGGUUUCAUGCCUCCUUGACUGCGUUGUCUGGCGGCGGAGGCUCGGGCCUUGUGCUGAGUGACGGCACGCUUGUGUUCCCCAUGCAGGCAAUCAAGGAUGGAGAGAGCGUUCUGCUUGCCAUGCGCUUCACGCCAUCGGGGGAUAAAUGGACGCUUUCGUCCGAUGUGUUCGGUGCGGGCUGCAGGGGCCCGUCCAUCGUGGAGUGGGGGGAAGACGGAAGCCUCCUCGCGAUGGCUCCCUGUGAGAGGGGCUCCUACGGCGUCUAUCCGUCAACUCCCCGUGGUGUAGCUUGGUACGAUGCGGGUGAGCCAAUUUCGCGCGUGUGGGGCACCUCGCUGAACCGUCAAGGAGGGGAUGGCGUGCAGAGCGGCUUCAUCACGGCAACCAUCGAGAAUAAAAAGGUGCUGCUCCUCACCACGCCGGUGUACUCGGGCGAGAAGAAAGGCGCCGCAAAGGGAGCGCUGCAUCUUUGGCUGACAGACAAUUCCCGCGUGCACGAUGUCGGAGCGGUGUCACGUGAAGCGGAUGACGCCGCUGCCAGUUCCCUGCUGUACAAAGGCGGUGCGCCGGAGGAGUUGAUUCUACUGUACGAGAAGAAGAAUGGGGACUCUUACGGCCUCGUAUCUCUGAGCCUGGCAAAGCAGCUGGAGCAAAUCAAGUCGGUGGUGCAGACCUGGAAGGAAAUGGACGCCGCCUUGCAAAGCUGUACUUCCUCUGCCGCUGUUGACACGCGGAUAAAUGGCGUGUGCAACGGCCCUGUCCCCACGGAAGGGCUGGUGGGCCUUUUGUCCAGCACGCUGGCCGGGACUGCGUGGGUGGACGAGUACCGCGGCGUGAACGCGACUGUGAAAGGUGGUGCUGGGGCGGCGACAAGCGAGGAGUGGGGCGUGACUUUCAGCGGCGCCGGAGCGGGGGCGGAGUGGCCCGUGGGAAGCAGGGGGCAGAACCAGCCGUACUACUUUGCGAACAACGGGUUCACGCUUGCGGCGACGGUGAUGAUCCACACGGUGCCGGAGGCGGAGGAGGACACGCCUUUGCUGGGCGUGAGGAUGAAUGACGCAGCGAGCACCGUUCUCCUGGGCGUGUCGUGCACGCAGGACAAGAAGUGGAAAGUGACGGUCGGCGGUGAGAGCCGGGAGUUGUCGGAAGAAGAUGCAACGUGGGAGGCAGAGAAAACGUAUCAGGUGGCACUGCAGAUGAAUACUGACGAUGAGUUGUCUGUGUACGUUGACGGGGCUGCGAUAUACGACGGCGAAGACGAUGAUGAAGAGGAAGAUGGCGAUGGUGGCAUCGCCUCUGAGGUGGCCGAACUCUUCACGCCGCACAGGAUCUCGCACAUUUACGUUGGCGGGGACGGGGCGGAGGGCACGAAGACCAGCCACCACGUGACGGUCUCCAGCGUCCUGCUGUACAACCGCGCACUGGGCGAAAAUGAGAUCACGCAGCUCGCAGGGAGCAAAGUGACUCUUGGAGGACCAUCUGCCGGGAACGCAGGCGGCGAGCUGCAGGCGGCCCCUUCAGUGUCCACCUCUGGGGGUGUUGAGACUGUACCCGAAGUGAAGCUUGAAGGCGGCGGCGGUGAGCAGCAGACGGAGGACGGCAAGCGCACGGAGAGUCUGCAGGAAAAAAGCGACGGUGCUGCUGAUGGGGCGCCGGUGCGUGAGGAACGUUCGCCGGCGGAGUUGGGGGGUGGCGGUGCAAAUGCCUCUCCUCAGCAGCCGGUAAAUGCACCGCCGCAUGCCACCAGGACCCCGAAAGUUGAGGGCGAACAGUCGCAAAAAGGGGAAACGGGGCCUGCUGGGGCCCCAGCGCCGCGGGAGGACGUCGUGGAAGCGCCGGGCCUUGGAGUUGCGCCGCCGAGCAGCGACGUGAAGGUCGCUCCUGCGCCACCUGCCGGGGACUCCCCCCUCAGCCCCCCCAGAGAACCAACACCACGAAGAAGAAGAGGAAGAGGAAGAGGAAGAGGAGGUGCCGUCUCAGUUAUCGCAGGAGGCGGGCAAAGAGGCAGGCGACGCGUCAACACCUUCUAG